GCCGUCAUCGUUACUCUUUCUAUACAGUGCGACUCCUAUAUGCUUACCGCUGCCAUUUGUUUGCUCUCUCUCAUCUCCUCUGCUUCGCUCUCUGGUCUGCCCUCGAGUCCCCACCUACGAAACACCUCCCUCUCUCUCUCUCUCUCUCUCUCUCUCACACACACACACACACACACAAUUUGGUGUCUUGGUGUACAAUGCUUAGUGGCGUCGAUGAAUGUGUCCCAAUUGUAUCGAAGAAGAGAAUUAUGGAAGAUUUGAUGUGAAAGAUCCUUCCUUUUUUCCCGGAUAAGAGAAGAGGAGGAGAGAUGGAGGCGGAUUGGUUUCGGACGCAGCAGGGUUUCCGGAGUCGCCGGCGGGGGCAGCGGAGAGAACGAGCCUAUCGGGUCGGUGGUGGCGUGUUGCGGGUCUCCGGAUGUGAUUAUCUGAUGGAACAAAGGAAUGGACUUGAAAUGGAAUCUGAAUCCACUUGCAGUAGUAGCUUUCAGAAAGAAGAAGAUUAUUCUUGCCAAAGCCCAUAUGACAAGACCAGUGUGAAACCAUCGGAGAAACAUAUGGAUCAAGAAACUACAAGAGAGGCAGAAAUUAGAUGGUCCUCACCUAGUAUAAUUGCAAAAUUAAUGGGUCUCGAUGAACAGCCUCCUGUACAAGAAGUCAAUAAACAAAAGAAGGUAAUAAAUGAUUGCUUUCAGGAAAUAUCAGCUGUUGGCUUGCAAGACAAGUACCUGAGGAGAGAGGAGCAUUCACCCUGGAUGAGCACCACUGAGCACCAAGGAUUCAAAGAUGUUUAUGAUGUCACAGAAACGCGAAAAGUUGAGAGAGAAAAGAAAAAACCAGAUAAUAAGGCAUUGCCAAGUCUAAAACAAUACAAGUUUGAUGUGAACAAACAAUUCAAGCCAGGUGUAAGCUCUGUCGACCAAAGUUUCAUGGGUGUGAAGCAAUUUCAUAGUGACAAAUCACAAAGAACUUUUAUAAAAUCUAAUAAUAGGUUGGCAGACCACGAUUGCAAGAAGCAUCAUUUUUUUAAAGCCUUCCAGGAACCCAAUUUCUUAUUUAAGAAAUAUUUUCAUGAUUUGAAGUGGCUUGCACCCUCUCAUUUAACAAGCAAGAUUGCACUUUUCAAGUCUUCAAGUGGUGCUAAGAUUGAAAGUGAUAAAGUAUGUUGUCCAUCAGAGAGGAAGACAGAUGGGUUCACUAAUCUGCUGAAUGAUGUUAUGAUCACUUUUACAAAACCAGUUACUGGUAUGGUCGGACACUCUCUUAAGGAACACAAUGAUUCUCUUUUGCAAAAAUCUGCAGGCAACAGUAACCCAUGUGUCCAUCCCAAUCAUAUUGUUCUUUUGAAGCCGAGUACUAAUAAAGCCCAUAGCAAGGGAAGAAGUGUUCUUGAAACUCCUAAGGUUAUUCAGUUUGCUGAUAGAAGACUGACUACUCAAACUGUGUUUCAAGAGCCUGACAAUGUAGGAAGGGAAUGGUCUAACUUUUCCCAUAAUAUGGAAGCUUUUGGCUGCAAGACUAAAGGUUUAAGAGAAAUUUCUAGAGAGAUCACAGAACAACCGAAAGAAUCCAAAAGCAGCAGUAAUAAGCAUGUGCCAGUUUUGGGGCUUAACAGAUUCUCCAGGGAUGAGAGCUCUUGUAUUAUGCCUGGUGCGAACAAUCUGUGCAAUUCUGAGGCAUCCUGUAGACCUUCCAACAGAUGUAAUUACUGGAAUAGCACAUAUGGUUCCUCAGCAACUUCAACUGAAUUUAGAAGAGAGUCCAGUAAAAACUUGUCUAGAAAGUGGAAGGUGACCGACCACAUUAAGGAGGCAGGAGAUUGUGGUAAAGGCUCAAGUACUUUGGCUGAAAUGUUUGCUUUAUCCGAUUUGGAAACUCAAAAUCCAGCACCGGGUUCACCAUUGGUUCAUACUGUUUCAGAUGAGAAAUUAUCCAAACUUGACAUGCGAGCACCAUGGGGUUCUCCUUCAAGUAUUAACAAUAGGGAUAGCUGGGUAGAUGGGUUCUUUAUAAAUCUACCAAAAUCAACUGCUCUUCCAGCUUCAUCAACUAAUUAUGGGAGUCGAAAUUUGAGCAGCAUGCACAGAUUUGGUGUUGAACACUUUGGUACAUUUCAUGAUAUGUUGAGGCUGAGACAAAAAAAAUGCAUUCCAAGAGAAAGUUCUUCACUCAAAAGCAUUAAAAGUGGCAAUCUCAAGCUUUACUCUAAUUUUGGUGGAGAGGAAAAUAACCUACCUUCAAAAGAAAUUCACACGAAUCAAGAAAGGAUGCGGAAAGGUGCACUUUGUGAAUCAACUGCUGAACUGAAUUUUGAACUUCCUUCUGUUCCCCGUUCUGCAGAUGCGCAUAUGUCGAUAACAGAUCAGGAGCUAGCUCAGCCAACAAUGACUCAUAUGAUCUUAAUGAAUCCUAAAUUUUCCAGUCCUAACUUGAAGCCUUCUGAAAUAUGUUCUCCAAGAUUUAAUGUGACACCUUGUCGGUACAUAUCCCUCGAUCACUUUUUCUUGGAAGCACCAACUGAUGGCUCUCAAUUAUAUAUUGAAUUGCUCACUCCUGUAAGAACAAAAGAGGCUUCGCAACCAUGCCCUGUUUCUGUACUUGAUCUUCCAGUGAGAGAAGAUGAUUUGGGAUGUCCUAAAAUUCUGAAUGGAGGCCUUCUUGAGCUCAAUACAAAAACUUUACCCUCAGAGUCAGUAGAUCCAUGCGCCGAGGCAUCAGAAGUUAUCACUUUGAGUAACGAGGAUGAUAGUGAGGAUUGUCAAUCCAUUCAGCAGAAUAGCUACUUAGAAGAGGAGUUCAUGGAUGAAGAGGAGAGGGACUACACCUACCUUCUUGAUAUACUAAUUGUGUCUGGUGUUCACAGUGCCAAGCAAGGGAAGCUUUGUAAUGCAUGUUACUCACCGGAACAUCCAGUGAAACCAACGUUAUUUGAAAAGCUGGAGAGGAAGUACAGUAAACUGGUUGCAUGGUCACACUCAGAGAGAAGGCUGAUGUUUGAUCUGACAAACUCGACACUCGCAGAGAUCCUCGCUCCUUGUAUGGACCGGCAUCCAUGGGUUAAUUCCACAAGAAGGAUUGCACCCAUGUGGGGUUCUGAAGGACUUGUGGAGAAGACAUGGCAAAUGUUGGUGGAGAAACGUAUGGAACUUAGUGGGGGUAACGCAGAGGACAAGGUUCUGGACAUUAAAUGGCUAGACUUAGGAGAUGACAUCGAUGAGGUAGGAGUGGAGAUCGAGAGGACGCUGAAGGAGGAACUAUUGGAAGAACUUGUUGUAGAGUUCAUGGCAGGAUAGGCUCCUCUGGUUAAAAGAUCUAGUUUUGAUGGUGGAUAUAUAUAGCCACAUAGAUCAUCUGUUGAAGGCAGGGUGUCAGCUGCCACAAGAUUUUGCUGGUUAUGGACAUAUCAUAAGAAUUCAAGUUUGAACCACAGGCAGGUCGGAGAUCAGCAAUCACGAACAUAAUAAUUCGAGGGCUUUCAUCUGUCGGCACCGGGAGGUCAUGGAAACUUCAGUCACAAGUAGUCGCAAAUAAUCUACAAUGAGGUGCAUUCAACUCUGUGACAAGGCUGUGCUGAUGGCCAGGUAGUGUCAUUCAUAGGAUCCAAGCUUUAGGUUUGUGCAUCCCAUGUCAGAACAAAGAAAGACCAGGUAAGAGUGCCAAGAGUUCAGUAACAUUUGAAGGUGCAAGUGAGUAACAGUAUAGUUUUCAGCAUUGGCUUGAGCUGGGGUGUUCAGAGAGAGUGUGUGUGAUGUGAAGGGGGUGUGAAACACUGCCUCACAAUUUAUCCUUCCGUGGUAGGUGUGUUCUUGUUUGUUUCUUUUUCUUUUCACAAUACCAUACUGUGAGUAAAUAUGGAUUCGAGCACAUUUCACAGAA